CUAUGAUAAGUCUUGAUAAGCUUCUUGUACGACGAUGACUUCUCGUUGACGUUGUGCAAACCAAUAUUGUGUUACGUUGGAGGAAGCUGAUGAUCGUGAGGUUGCAAACCCCACAGUCUAACGAAAAUGGCGCGUUGCAGUUGAAUAUGCCGACAUCCCACUAUGACUGCAAGCUUAUCAGUAGUUCUGUGUUGGCAUUACUGUUACCAAAUUGUGAUAAUGACUCUUACCGAAUUUGACCGGUGACUUGAAGGUCGAAUUCAAGUAAUUGAGAAGGCCUGUUCAGCCCCCCCGAGUUUGGCUGACUUUUGCUGAAGUCCUGAUCCCUCUUUUUACAUCACCAAGACCUUUCUCCAGGACAAGUCGCCAGAAACACACGAUAAACAAGCAAAAUGGCUCCUCAAGCUCAGGCUCGUCGGCCUCACUUCGAGUCUUUCCCAGACGAAGAAACCCCUUUGAUCCAACCGAUACAAGACCCUUCGAUCGACUCCAAGAGUCGUUCACCAUGGCUCGACGAAACUGUCCUACUUGUCAAAGCCUCUGUGCCAGUCAUACUAGCCUACAUGCUCCAGAACAGUCUUCAAACAGUUUCCAUCCUCAUGGUUGGACGUCUAUCACCCGAAGCACUUGCGACCGCUGCGUUUUCUUACAUGUUCGCCAUGGCAACGGCUUGGCUCAUCGCCUUGGGCGGAACAACUGCCCUCGAUACGCUCGGUUCGAGUACCUUCACAAGCUCAAAGAAUAAACAUGAUUUGGGAAUAUUGUUGCAGAGGGGCUUGUUCGUGUUGACGGGCUUUUAUGCGGUGGUCGCGAUUAUUUGGUGCUUCUCUGGAUAUAUCUUCCGGGCUCUUGGACAGGAAGACUUUAUCUGUGUCCAGGGUCCCAAAUUCUUGCAGUUGUUGAUUCCUGGUGGCCUUGGUUAUGUAUGGUUUGAGGCGAUGAAGAAGUUUCUUCAAGCCCAAGGGAUUUAUCGUCCUGGUACCUACGCACUGCUCGUCACUUCUCCCCUCAACGCUUUGCUCAACUACAUCUUCAUAUACCCCCUUGGCUUUGGUCUGUACGGGUCACCCAUCGCCACUGGCAUCUCGUACUGGCUCUCUUUCUUCAUAUUAGUUGGCUAUGCCGCUUUCGUGAAGGGGGGCGAAUGCUGGGGCGGCUUUGAUCCACGCAGAGCUCUCAAACAUCUUGCACCCUUUGCAAAGCUUGCCUUCCUCGGUGUCAUUCAUGUCGGUACAGAGUGGUGGGCUUUUGAGAUUGUCGCUCUUGCUGCUGGUCGUCUUGGAACAAUACCUCUUGCUGCUCAGUCCGUUGUCAUGACUUUGGAUCAAAUCAUCAACACCAUCCCGUUUGGUCUUGGAGUUGCCGCAUCUUCCAGAUUGGGCAACCUCUUAGGUCUGGGAGAUCCUCUACAGGCAAGACGCUGUGCGCACGCCGCAGCUCUCCUGUCUGUGUUCUUCGGAACCGCGAUCCUUGCGAUCCUCAUGUCUACAAAGAAUGUCAUCGGUCGCAUGUUCAACGACGACCAAGACGUCAUUUCACUUGUCGCUCACAUUAUGCCUUAUGUGGCACUCUUCCAGAUCGCAGAUGGUCUGAAUGGGAGUUGUGGGGGAGCUCUAAGGGGAAUGGGGCGACAGUGGGUUGGGGCGCUUGUCAACUGUAUUAGCUAUUACGGAGGUGCACUGCCAGCUGGGAUAUGGCUUGCUUUCCAGGGUUGGGGUCUUUCUGGACUUUGGGUUGGACAAUGUGUUGCGUUGUUCCUGGUUGGUAUUCUAGAGUGGAUUAUAAUCGCGAUGUGUGACUGGAGAAAAGAGAUUCAGAGGGCCGCGGAUAGAAUUGAGAAUGGGGGCAUGGAAAGUGUACACUGAGAUAGAUGACAUGAUAGACAAUAUUGGAUAUAGUCAAUAUCACUUUGGCAUCAUAAAAGCUC